CGCAGCGGAAACGGAAAUGGAAAUGGAAAUGGCUAGAGGAACGGAGGAGAAGGAGGCGCUGCGGUGUGGCUGCAGCUAGACGCAUCGAAGAUGAAUACCAGAGGACUUGGAUCUCAGCUAAAGGACAGUAUUUCAGUUUCUGAACUUUCAGCUAGUAGUCCUUUUGGAAACCAUGAUAUUCUUCGGAGAGGUUUUUCUUGUGUGAAAAAUGAACUUUUGCCUAGUCAUCCUCUUGAAUUAUCAGAAAAAAAUUUCCAGCUCAAUCAAGAUAAAAUGAAUUUUUCCACACUGAGAAAUAUCCAGGGCCUAUAUGCUCCCCUGAAGUUACAGAUGGAAUUCAAGGCAGUGAAACAGGUCCAGCGUCUUCCCUUCCUUCAGAGCUCGAACCUCUCCCUGGAUAUUUUGAGGGGUUCUGAUGAGAGUAUUGGAUUUGAAGAUAUUCUUAAUGAUCCAUCGCAAAGUGAAAUAAUGGGAGAACCACACAUGAUGAUGGAAUACAAACUUGGUUUACUGUAAGAGAAAUAUAUUGCCAGUGAAAAUUGAGGAACAGCAUCCUGUUUAUAAUUGUCUUUUUGUAAUGGUUUGGUGUGUAACAUUAAAAGUACUAGUAUUUACUUUUCUGUUAUUAUGGCUAAUGUGUACAAUCAGUAAUUUGAAUUUGUUUCUAUGUUGAACUGUUGUGUAACCAUAUUAUUUGGAGGAACUAUGUAUAAGUGAGACAAUAAGAAAAACUGAAUCUUAAUUCUUAAAUGUGAAGUACAAAUUUUUUAGUAUAUUUUGAGAGGCAUCAUCAUAAGUGUUUUUUUUUUUUUGUUUUUUUUUUUAGCAUGAAACAGGUGUUUUAAUCUCAUUUUGUUAUAUCUUCUUAGCAUUGAUACCAAUUCCAUAACUUUUAACAGGCUUUGCUUACCAGAGAAUGAGACCCCAUAGCAUUCUCUCCUCUUGCUACAUUCUUCUGUAACAAUCAAUGAGUCCAAAGUUGACUCGAGAAAAAUUGCGAUUCCUAUUUGAAUGAGUUCUCAACUUGAAAAUGUUUAACUUAAAAUAUUUUCACUAGAUUUUACCAUAUUAACCCAAUAUAUAAAAGUAGGCAGAACUCUGGUUGCAAAGUCAUUGGCAGUUCCUGACUGUGCUCUUAAGACAGCUGCCUUAAAUUUCCUCAAAUAUUUUGCUCUAGUGAUGGCAGUUACCUCUCCUGGCCAGUAGAGGGUAUUGACUGGUGAUCUUACUGUCAAAAGAAAAUGAUAGGAAUGGAUUUCAUUGUCCUUGUAGCAUGCCAGUUGUGUAACAAGACCAGGCCUUUUCAGCUUGGCACUGAAUACAGGGGGAAAGAGGUUUUUGUGCAUUAAAAGAAAACAAUUAACAGGAUACAAACCAGAAUACAGCAUUAGGUAAUCUUCAUUUCUAACUGGAGGAAAGAUUAGGGAUUUCACAGAUUGGGAAGGGAAGAAAAAACAAGUCCAAUUCUUGAAAUCAGAAAAUGAGGUGUCUCUUCCCUCACACACACCCCCUCCCCCCCAAGUGUCUCUUCAAAGGAAUUUAGAAACAGUAAAUGAUUAAAACAGGUCCAGUUUUCAGAUAAGAUGUAAGGAUUGCUUGAAAUAUAAUUGGGAGAAAAUUCCUUGCAUUAGUUUUUGUAUCUGACUGAGUUUCUGGUAACCUGGGUUCUUAAUUAACAUUCUCUAAGCAACAGGUAGAAGUGGUCCAGCUUCCCAGCCACUCAGGGCUAGGUUCAAACAAUGCAAUAAAGUUUUCUCACAAUUCCCAUCAUUGAAUAAUUUUCUCACCUCUCCUGGCUAGUAGAGGUGACUGGUGAGUUUAUUGUCAAAAGAAAAUGACAAGAAUGGAUUUCAUUGUCCUUGUAGCAUGCCAGUUGUGUAACAAUCAAGACCGGGCCUUUUCAGCUUGGCACUGGAUCCUGAAUACAGGAGGAAAGAGAUUUUUGUGCAUUAAAAGAAAACAAUUAACAGGAUACAAACCAGGAUACAUCAUUAGGUAAUCUUCAUUUCUAACUGGAGGAAAGAUUAGGGAUUUCACAGAUUGGGAAGGGAAGAAAAAACAAGUCCAAUUCUUGAAAUCAGAAAAUGAGGUGUCUCUUCCCUCACACUUCCUUCCCUCUCCCCCAAGUGUCUCUUCAAAGGAAUUUGGAAACAGUAAAUGAUUAGAACAGGUCCAGUUUUCAGAUAAGAUAUAAGGAUUGCUUGAAACAUAAUUGGGAGAAAAUUCCUUGCAUUAGUUUUUGGAUCUGACUGAGUUUCUGGUAACCUGGGUUCUUAAUUAACAUUCUCUAAGCAACAGGUAGAAGUGGUCCAGCUUCCCAGCCACUCAGGGCUAGGUUCAAACAAUGCAAUAAAGUUUUCUCACAAUUCCCAUCAUUGAAUAAUUUUCUCACCUCUCCUGGCUAGUAGAGGUGACUGGUGAGCUUAUUGUCAAAAGAAAAUGACAAGAAUAGAUUUCAUUGUCCUUGUAGCAUGCCAGUUGUGUAACAAUUGAGACAGGCCUUUUCAGCUUGGCACUGGAUCCUGAAUACGGGGGGAAAGAGGUUUUUGUGCAUUAAAAGAAAACAAUUAACAGGAUACAGCAUUAGGUAAUCUUCAUUUCUAAGUGUAGGAAAGAUUAGGGAUUUCACAAAUUGGGAAGGGAAGAAAAAACAGAUCCAAUUCUUUGAAAUCAGAAAAUGAGGUGUCUCUUCCCUCACUCCCCUUCUCCCUCCAAGUGUCUAUUCAAAGACACUAUUCAAAGGAAUUUAGAAACAGUAAAUUGACUAUAACAAGUCCAGUUUUCAGAUAAGACAUAAAGAUUGCUUGAAAUAUAAUUGGGAGAAAACUCCUUGCAUUAGUUUUUGGAUCUGACUGAGUUUCUGGUAACCUGGGUUCUUAAUUAACAUUCUCUAAGCAACAGGUAGAAGUGGUCCAGCUUCCCAGCUCCUCAGGGCUAGGUUCAAACAAUGCAAUAAAGUUUUCUCACAAUUCCCAUCAUUGAAUGAUUUUCUCACCUCUCCUGGCUAGUAGAGGUGACUGGUGAGUUUAUUGUCAAAAGAAAAUGACAAGAAUGGAUUUCAUUGUCCUUGUAGUAUGCCAGUUGUGUAACAAUCGAGACCAGGCCUUUUCAGCUUGGCACUGGAUCCUAAAUACAGGAGGAAAGAGAUUUUUAUGCAUUAAAAGAAAACAAUUUACAGGAUACAAACCAGGAUACAUCAUUAGGUAAUCUUCAUUUCUAACUGGAGGAAAGAUUAGGGAUUUCACAGAUUGGGAAGGGAAGAAAAAACAGGUCCAAUUCUUGAAAUCAGAAAAUGACAUGUCUCUUCCCUCACACUCCCUUCCCUCUCCCCCAAGUGUCUAUUCAAAGGAAUUUGGAAACAGUAAAUGAUUAGAACAGGUCCAGUUUUCAGAUAAGAUAUAAGGAUUGCUUGAAACAUAAUUGGGAGAAAAUUCCUUGCAUUAGUUUUUGGAUCUGACUGAGUUUCUGGUAACCUGGGUUCUUAAUUAACAUAGAGUUCUCUAAGCAACAGGUAGAAGUGGUCCAGCUUCCCAGCUCCUCAGGGCUAGGUUCAAACAAUGCAAUAAAGUUUUCUCACAAUUCCCAUCAUUGAAUAAUUUUCUCACCUCUCCUGGCUAGUAGAGGUGACUGGUGAGUUUAUUGUCAAAAGAAAAUGACAAGAAUGGAUUUCAUUGUCCUUGUAGCAUGCCAGUUGUGUAACAAUCAAGACCAGGCCUUUUCAGCUUGGCACUGGAUCCUAAAUACAGGAGGAAAGAGAUUUUUAUGCAUUAAAAGAAAACAAUUAACAGGAUACAAACCAGGAUACAUCAUUAGGUAAUCUUGAUUUCUAACUGGAGGAAAGAUUAGGGAUUUCACAAAUUGGGAAGGGAAGAAAAAACAUCCAAUUCUUUGAAAUCAGAAAAUGAGGUGUCUCUUCCCUCACUCCCCCUCUCCCUCCAAGUGUCUAUUCAAAGACACUAUUCAAAGGAAUUUAGAAACAGUAAAUUGAC